AUGGCUUCUUCCGAAAUGCCAAUUGGGACGGAAUAUCUGGACCAAGUGCAAGCAUCGCUUGAUUCAACAAUGCCGUGGAUAGGCAUGUACAUUGCAGCAGCUUCUGCCAUCUGCACACUUGCAAUGGCGGCCGAUGCUUUCAAUGGCUUCCGGAGCAAAAAGUAUUGGCUCCCGUGUAAGUAUUUCACUCUCAACGCUUUCUCCCUCACACUCUUAGCAGUAGCCAUGAAACUACCCGUAGAUUUAACAAACUUGGAAAAAACCGUCAAUGAUAAUCUCGCAAGGAUUAGCAGCCUCGUUUUGAUGUCGACUGCCAUGAGUAAUCUCAUGACAUCUUUGGGUGCCAUGGAGAGUAAUGAGAUUUUACUAAACAUGGCAGCUUUAGGCAUUCUUGUCAUCACUAUUGCUGGAAAUAUAUGCAUUCAUCUUGUUCAGAUGCGUGGCUUUCCGUAUGUGUUAUAUGUGUUGCUACCCCAACAGGCUACAUUUGUUGCCUUCAUGCUCUUCUUCCUUGUGAUGUUAUGUUGUAUGUCGUUGAUGGUUGCUGGAGCUAAAAGGUACAUAAGAUUGAAGUAUGAUGAAGUUCACAAUGCAGUUUCGGUUAGACAAGUACAGUACUGGGGAAAGAUUAGUGUUGCUGAAGUCGAAAAUAUGGUGAAAGGGUACUGGGUGAUGGCUCAAACUAACAGUUCUCAGUUUGCUCUUGCAUCUUCUGCCAUUUCUCCUAUUUUAGGCCUCUUGUGUCUUUUUGUGGCUCUGUUUUUGUUAAUAGCUCGGAUUAGAGAUAGUUCUGUAAUUUCGGUUCCAAGCUGGAAAACUCACAAUUAUUUUUGGUCUGGUACUUCAAACUAUGGCUGGUCCAUCCGUUGGAUUAUGAACAUUCAGUGUGUUGGAGUGGCAAUUGGAACUAUUGCUCCUCUGAUGAGAUGGUUUGCUGCUUUGCGGUUCAAGAUUUCUCAGACGGAACGGAAGAGCUUCAGAGAUGAAGUCAAGGUUGGCAAGUACUGGACUUUGAUGCUGGUAGAGUGGAGAGACAGAUCACUUCCUUUUCAAUUUCAAAACCGUGUGUGCAAGAAGCUACUUCGCAAUGCAGUAAGAUUUGUUAUGAAUUUCUGCAUCGGGGUUCAGAUUCUCAUUGUUUCAGUAGGCAAACUAGUUCUAUUCCUCUCUGCUAGAUUUGGUAGAGCAGUUCUCUUGUGUUUAUGCAAGAAUGAACGACCUGUUUUAGUGGGAGCACAUGUCCGUUUUAGCCAAUAUGUACUUCCGCUUGAAGGUGAGCUACAGCUGCCUUAUAAAAUCCUCAACAACAUCUGCAACGAGGUGGAUAAGCUGAUAAAAGUAGGCGAAACAAAGCAGCCCAAGAAUCUGAUCCAACUUCUAAACAAAUCUUCAAGCUUCAGUGGGGUGGGACGAUUCGACAGCAGCCAAGUUUCAAGCUUGCAUUCUCAAGAACCUCCAAAUUGCUGGACUCUGCCCGUGGUGACUUUGACAGCAUUUCAGUUGCUCUUCUCAACUUUGCAGACAAGAAGGCUUACCACUUAA